GGCGCAAUUUAAUUUCCGAACGACACUUUGGUCUAAAUGGUUUAAAUUUUAUAAAAUUUUUCUUUUGAUUUCUUUUCGAAACCAAUCAUUUGAGGAUGCACUUAGGCCUACUGUCGCAAGAAAAGAUAUCCUUUGAUCCAAUUAAGCCCUUAAUUCUCAGAGGACCGCCCUCAGAGAACGCAUCAUCAGUAUUUACAGGCACCGUCGUCUUGACAUUAUCCAAGGCAACCAAAAUCACUGGGAUGACAGUUACUUUUAAAUCAGUCGCCACCACUUACUGGCCAGAAGGUAUUGGCAAUCGAGGAACACGACUGACCCAUGAAAAGAUCCUAAGUGAGGAAAGUGUUCAGGUUUUGGAAGCCAGAAAGAAUGAGUUCAUUAAACUGCCAGCCGGGACGCACCGAUUUCCAUUUGCGUUCAUUGUUCCUAAUUCAAUUGUGGAGACUAUUGAAGAUGUCUAUGGACGAGUAAGACAUACGGUUGAUGCCAAGGUGGCAUUGUAUGCUAGCGGACUACAGCAAAUUCUAAAUAGUUGGCAUGUAAGCAAGCCUGUUCUUGUACUUCGCGCGUACAUGUCUGAUUCUCUACUGACCAAUAACUCUCUGCAAGAUCUCUCUCGCACAUAUGAAAAACAUUUACCCGCCGCUGACAUACAAUUAGUAGUGGAACGUGCCGCCUUUUCCUCUGGUGACCUAUUCUUUUUAAGGCUAAUUUUAGAGCCACACCGUAAGAAGGUGCGUCUGGAACACAUGGAACUCUCUGUCACUGAAAGUCGUCGUUAUAAUGUUGCUGAAGCGAGAGCAAAUCGAACAGAUACAGAAGUGUUCACUUUACCCUUUUUAAAAUCUGUCAAACUAGUUGAGGGCGGAGAAGAUGUGACUGAUGGAGAAGGCGAUUUACGAUCUGUGUUUACUAAGAAUGGAAAUGCAGUCGAACUGACCAACACAAUUGCCUACAGAAUCACAUUUGCUACCCCCACUUGCAUGCGAAAUAUACAUCAUACAACAUAUUAUAAAGACAUUCUAUUCAGACAUCAUCUCAACAUUACCAUGACGAUUUCAUUUGUAGAUAACGAUACUAAUUUUUCCCGACCAAUGUUAAGCACCAAUAGCAGCACAAGCAGUUUUGGAGAAGAAACAUCUGGAUCGACGAUUCAGCAAAGUUCCGCCAUACCCAACACUAACCAUAUUAGUAUGGAUCACAGCAUUGAGCAACAGGCAGCACAAGUGGCUAAUACGCUUGUAACGCCACCACCAGCAGCAUUUUCACCAAACACGUAUCCUCGAGAACCAGUCCUAACGAAUACGACGGUGAUUCAUCAUAUGAAUAAUAUUAAUACCAAUCCUUCCCAACAGUCGACGUGGUUAUCCAAAUUACGUAAGCCUACUAACCAAAAAGAAAAUGGUACACAAGUUAUAAGAAAGCGAGAAACAAUUCGAUUGGAGACUCCUAUUACCGUCUUUGAUUGCCGACUGAAAGAGGAUUAUGGAAGAUUACCAUCUUAUUCAGAAUUGAAUGUUACAUCUGACCUUAGUCACGGCGACGAUAAAAAUAAAAUGCUGCAGGAAAUAAUGGAACAAGAUUUAAUGUUACAGUGCAAACCAGACUCCGAUGAACAAAUACCUUCUUCGGAACCGCAGCCACAGCUAUGUCCAUGCUACUUCAAGUUUCGUAGGCAAAUGGAGAUGGCAUCUCAAUUUCAGUUGUUUUCAACACAUAAUAAGCUUGAAAAGAUACCUUCGAUUCCACCUCCAGAUUACGUAGAACAAUAAUACCCCCCUGUUUCCAUAGAGAUUAAUUAUAGAAACCAUUGUUACAUUUUAAAUAUAAAUAAAACCUUUGUUCUCAUGCGAAAUUCCCA